GCGCAUGUUCGCCGUGCAAAGAGGUGCCAACUGGAUUUUUGUAAAUAAUGCCUGGAGCUACGCUGAUCUGAGCCCGCCGGUUUCUCAUUGACCUUUUAAUGCACUGCUCACCGAUGCUCGCUCGUCGCUGGUUGAGUGUACCGCCGUGCGUGCCGGCCAAGCACUGAGUCUACAAGACGCCAGCGGGCGCUAUGCGGGAACGCCCAACGUGAGCGACGGACAGUUCCUAGUUGAGCGGUCAAGUCGGCCCGGGGGCGACCUUGGUUGAGGUGGACGGGGCAAUGGCGACCGGCGAGCGAAGCCUCACCGAGAAGCGCCUCCUGGAAAACCUGCAAAAUGAUCUGCGGCUGCUCUCCAACGAGGCCAAGAAGAAGCAUCCACCUCUCAAGGAGGCAGCAGAGUCUGGAAUCAUCAAAGUUCGGAAUGCUGCAGCCAAGCAUCAUGACCUCAGACUAGCCCUGCUUUCUGAGAGCCCGGAGAUUCUGGAGCCCUUCUUCCUAGGCUGUGAUACAAGGAACCCGAAAAUUGUUCAGAUCUGCCUGUCUGCCAUCCAGAAAUUGAUCACCUUUGAAGCGGUCUCUCUGACGGCAGCGGUGAACAUCAUCACCUGCCUCUGGAAUCUCAUGGAGAGUGGAAUCGAGGAAUUGAAGCUCUUGCAGACGGUCACCCUCCUUCUCACGGCGAACACUGUUGUCCAGGGUGAUGCGCUAGCCAAGGCAAUUGUGCUCUGCUUUAGAUUGCACUUCACCAAGAAUAGCACCACCAACAACACCGCGUCAGCAACCGUCCGUCAAUUGGUCUCCGCAGUUUUCGAACGUGUCCAGGCUGAAGAUGCAGCAUUGGCGGAUGUUGUGAAGACAGAGGAAGUCAACUUGGAGGAACUGAAGACUGGCAGCCGCUGCCCGCCUAAGUCUCUGCAACCGUGCGCUGCAGAUGCCUUUCUUCUGUUCCAGGACCUGGUGCAGAUGGUGAACGCCGACCAGCCUCUGUGGCUGGUGGGCCUGACCGAAAUGACCCGUACGCUGGGCCUGGAGCUGGUCGAGUCCAUCCUGGCGUCGUUUCCGGAGGCGUUCCUGCGGCACCCGGAGUUCCGCUUCCUGCUCAAGGAGCGAGUCUGUCCCCUGGUCAUCAAGCUGUUCUCGCCAAACGCCCGGCAAGCACCCGACCGGCCUUUCUUUCCCAUCUCAAUGCGGCUUGUGCGCGUCGUCUCCGUCCUCAUUCACCGCUUCUACGCAACCCUGGUGACCGAGUGCGAGAUCUUUCUCUCGCUGGUCGUCAAGUUCUUGGACCACGAGAAGCCAAACUGGCAACGCACGCUGGCACUGGAGGUGUUGCACAAGCUCUCCUCGCAGCCUGAACUGCUCAAGAGCUUCGUUGAGAGCUAUGACAUGAAGGACCACAGCACGAAGAUCUUCCAGGACAUGGUCAAUGCCUUGGGUGCAUACGUGCAGGCGCUCUUUGUGAACGCGCCUUGCCACCACCAUUACCACCAUGGUGGAGGGGGCGGUGGCUCCGGUGUUAGCGCACCACCGCCUGCGGUACCACUUACCUCUGGCAUGCCGGGCGGCGGCAAUGCGUCCUCUCUCUCACAACCGCCACAGGCGGCCUUUCUGUACCGCGGUGUCUGGAUGCCCCUGCUGCCACACGUGGCCACACCAGGCAUCUGCAAGUCCACAUACAUGGAUAUGCUGGAUCGUGUGGAGCCACCCGUGGUGGCCGAGGGCUACGGGGUGUCCCUGGGCUACGUCUGCCUCCUAGACGUGGUGCACAGCAUUGCCACCGUGGUGGACCAGUCCAAGUAUGCCACAAAUGACACAGCCGCCAACCUACGCCUCCACCGCCAGCUGGUGUCGUCGUCCUGGUGUGGGCUGCUGGCAGCUCUCUCGCUUCUUCUCGAUGCCAGCACGGAUGAGGCGGCCACGGAGGAGAUCCUGAAGACAAUGCAGGUCUAUGCCAGCUUGUGUGGCCAGCUUCAGCUGUCGACACCCCGGGAUGCCUUCAUCACAGCCAUGUGCAAGGGGUCCCUGCCUCCCCACUACACACUCACGGUGCUAAACUCCACAUUCCCCAAGACGUCGGCGUCUCCGCAUCCGCGGGGCGACGGCUCAUCCGAAAGGCCAGGGUCCACAGGUCAGGGUGGCCCCUCCCCUGUUCCUCUACCGCAGCAGGGCCCCAACCUGGGUCCCUUUCUCGGAGGUCCCGCGUGCGAUCCCCACGACGCCCCUCGGCAGCAGGUGGUGGCUGUGGGCACGCCCUUGCCCACCCCUUCACUCGGGGGACAUCAGGGACCUGUCAUGCUGACGGCCAAGAACCUGCAGUGUAUGCGUGCCAUUUUGGGGCUGGCGCAAGCCCACGGCGCCGUGCUGGGCAGUGCCUGGCACCUGGUGCUCACCACCCUGCAACACCUGGUCUGGAUCCUGGGCCUGAAACCGUCCACGGGUGGCAGCCUCAAGGCUGCGCCAAAAAAUAGCUCGGACGGGACGCCGGGGGGCGGAGGCACCAACUCCUCCUCCGUCAUCACCACGGCCGUCAUGGCCGACCUGCCCGUGCUGUCUGCCAUGUUGUCUCGCCUGUUUGAGAGCUCCCAGUACCUGGAUGAUGUUGCACUACACCACUUGAUUGAUGCGCUCUGUAAGCUUUCAACUGAAUCGAUGGAGCUGGCCUACAACAACAGAGAGCCCUCGCUGUUUGCCGUGGCCAAGCUGCUCGAGACGGGCCUGGUGAAUCUGGGCAGGGUCGAAGCCCUGUGGCGGCCGGUGACCCAGCACCUGCUAGAGGUGUGCGCCCACCCGCACACGCGCAUGCGCGAGUGGGGCGCCGAGGCGCUCACCUACCUCGUCAAGGCGGCGCUCAACCACUCGCCCAGCGGAGGAGGCGGAGGUGGCGAGGCCACGACGGGCUCCUCGGUUAUGUCAGCAUCCACGACGGCGUCGGCAUCUGACAACGCAGCUGUGCCGGUUCAUACAGCGAUGGCAUCGCGGAGGAGCCUGCAGGUGCUGCUGCUGGCGCCCCUGGUGGAAAUGGCAUCUGCUCACCCCGACAUCCGGCAGAAGCAGCUCGACUGCACCCUCUCCCUGCUGCACAGCAAUGGAGAGACACUCACCCACGGCUGGCCUCAGGUGCUGACAAUAAUCGGAGCCAUCUCGGAAAGCCACGGGGAGGCACUGAUUCGGUCGGCGUUCCAGUGCCUGCAGCUGGUGGUGGCCGACUUCCUGCCCGUCAUGCCACGAGCCUGCCUCCAGCUCUGCGUUGACACGGCCGCACGGUUCGGCUCGCAGAACCAGGAGCUGAACGUCUCGCUCACCGCUGUCGGCCUCCUGUGGCACAUGGCGGACUACUUGUACCAAAAUGCGGAGAAGCUGAAGCAGGAGGAGGGUGACUGGGACACACUCUGGAUGUGCCUCUUCCAGCGGCUGGGCGAGCUCUGCGUCGACCCACGCUCCGCCGUCCGCAAGAGCGCAGGGCAGACCCUGUUUUCGACCAUCAAUGCCCACGGCUCGGUGCUUCGGCAGGAGACCUGGCAGGCCGUGCUUUGGCAGGUGCUUUUCCCUUUGCUAGACCGAGUUCGGACGCUGUCAGGAUCAGCCUCAACGGAGAAGGUCAAUGACAUGGGUGGGAACAUUCUCAUCCACCACUCGCGCAACACAGCUCAGAAGCAGUGGGCCGAGACUCAGGUGUUGACGCUGUCUGGCGUGGCGAGAGUGUUUCAUGUCAAGCGUGAAGUGCUUCAAUCCCUGGGAGACUUCCCACGUGCCUGGGCGCUUCUCCUCGAAUUCAUCGAGAACUCUGCGCUGAGCAAAAACAACGAGGUGUCGCUGUCGGCGCUAAAGAGCUUCCAGGAGAUAUUGCAUUUGAGUCGUCCCACCGAGGGAGCCGGCAAUGGUGGCGCCCUGUUAGGGCGCUCAGCUGACCCACAGGGAGAAGCGGCCCUCUGGUGUGCUGCCUGGAAGGUAUGGUACAACAUUGGCAUUGAGAGCACCAGACCACCCCCGGACGUCGCUGUCGACGAUGCGCGCUUCUCGAACAGCCUGUCCUUGCUGUACAUUCCGUCCCAAGCGUUUCUCACCGCACUUGUUCAGAUCUUCCCGCACCUCUUCCAGCACAUAAAGAAUAGGUUCACGGUCUCCGACUUCCAAAAGUUUGCCACCGUUGUCCAAAAUGCUGUUGCUGCACCCGUUCACGGUGAUGCCUCACCCUUCAUUCUGCCUACUCUGGCCGAAGUGGUCCUUACGACGUUGCAAGAAUCCAUUCUCAGUGCCAUGGACACUUUGCACAAGGAAGCGCUCGCAGGCCCGGACAACCUGCAGGCAAUGGUGCCCUCCAUCUUUGGCCAGCUGUUGAGUUUUGCCUGCUAUGCCUGCCAGGCGCCAGCAUACGGGAAACUGCAGAUGCGCUCGGGUGGGGUGGCCCCCAAGCACCUAGACUGGGUGACGCUCAGCUUUGUGCCAUUUGGGGAGCGCGCCAUGGAGAUGGCCGUGUCCCUCUACGUGCAGACAGCACAGCGACCAGUCGUCAUGCAGGCCGACAUCCUCCACGCCAUCGUCAAGGUCAGCACUGACCGUCCACUUUCUUCAGCAUGUGUAGCGUAGUCGUCUUACAGGUAG